AUGAAUCAGUAUUUGAAAACACAACUUCUUAUAGUUUCGUGUGUGAAUAUAGGCCAGUUUAUAGAUGGAUAUAGUGUUGGUUGGUCGGCCCCAAUCAUACCAAAGUUACAAGAUCCGGAUCAGACACCCUUACCGGAAUUAAUCACAGAGCUUCAAGUGUCCUGGAUUGGAUCAUUGCUUUACGUUGGUGCUAUAGUGGGUCCAUACAUACCAAGCUACCUCUCGAAUAUAAUUGGAAGGAAGCCAUGCCUAUUCCUCGGAGGUAUUUUGAACUUGACGGCCAUCAUUCUUAUCGUCACAACGAAGAACGUGGCGAUGGUGUACGCUAUCAGAAUUAUAAGCGGAUUAGGCAUGGGGAUGGUCACCGUCAGCAAUCUAGUCUACGUUGGUGAAAUUGCAUCUACAAAUAUCCGAGGCAUUUUACUAACGUCCACAUCCAUUGUCGGCAUUUUUGGUACUUUAGCGGCGUACAGCAUUGGCCCGUUCGUAUCAUAUGCGGCAACUGGUUAUUUUGCCCUAGCGAUUAAUUUAAUUCACGUUGUAGGUAUAUUGUUUAUACCUGAGUCGCCAGUUUAUUACGCUAUAAAAGGUAAGCAGACGGAAGCGAAGGAAACUCUACGGUUUCUUGGACGUCUUGAUGACUUGGACAAUGUCUUUGAGUCAGUCCGUGGGACGAACCCUAACGAAGGUCACAGCUGGAAGGCCUGGAUAAAAAUAUUCACGGUGAAAGCCAAUAGAUGGUCUCUUUUCAUCACACUGAGUCUUUGCACGCUGCAACAGCUUAGUGGGGUGGCUGCGGUUUUGUUUUUCGCUACGACUAUCUUCCAGAUGGCAGGAUCCUCUAUAAGGCCGGAUUUAGCGACCAUAAUAAUUGGCGUCACGCGGUUGGUUGCCAGUUUGAUUGCGCCGGCGGUCGUGGAGAGGGCUGGGCGCAGGAUAUUGCUUCUCGUGUCAACAGCGUGCUGCGCUAUGAGUCUAUCAAUUCUUGGCGCAUUCUUCUACUUGACUCGAGUUAAGAAUCCAGUUGUUGCAGACAUCGGCUGGCUGCCAUUAAUGGCCCUCAUCAUGUACUUCUUUUCAUACGAAACUGGUUUCGGAACAAUGCCAAGUGCAUUAGUUGGAGAAAUGUUCCGUGGUAAUGCACGCAGCACUGGGUCAGCCGUUGCCAUGACAACGGCUUGGCUCAUCGGUUUCGGAGUAGCUACGGGUUUCGGCCCCAUGGUCAGAGUACUUGGCGGAGACGUCACGUUCUGGAUGUUCUCCUUUUCAUGUAUUGUCGCUUUUCUGUUCACAAUUAAGUUUGUGCCCGAGACAAAAGGGAAGACAUUAAACGAGAUCCAAGAGCUUUUAGGAAGACAAUGA